AUGAUUGAGCCAAUUAUUGAGCGCCGAUCGAUCGAGAAGCAUGGGUACCCAGCUGAACUCCAUUCCGUCACCACCAAAGACGGCUACAUUUUGACCAUAAGUCGCAUCCCGUCUCCCCGGAAAACCCCCAUUCUUCUGAUGCACCAAGUGUACGGCUGCUCUGUGGACUUCACCAUCCUAGGACCCAGGAAAGCCAUCGCCCUCUUAGCUCACGAUCAAGGCUACGACGUCUGGAUGGGCAACGUGCGCGGCAACAUGUUCUCGCGCGAUCAUGUCAGCUUGGACCCCAACAAGAGUGCCUUCUGGAAAUACAGCUACCACGAAAUCGGGUUCUUCGACGUCCCAGCCAUGGUAGAUUACAUUCUGCACCUGACCGGGAGAAAGCGACUGCAUUACAUCGGCCACUCGCAAGGUUCCGUAGUCUUCUUAGUGAUGACCUCGAUGCAUCCACAGUAUAACCAGAAGAUCGCCAGCGCACAUCUAUCGGCUCCUCCGGCAUUCCUCUCCAGAUCAACAGCACCGGUUACCUCCAUGAGUGGCGAGAUCCUCUCCGCCCUCCUGCUAAUGGACAGCUUAGGUGUCCACAGCAUCGGCGAUCGGUUCAACAGCGAACCGCUAAUGUACGUGAAGCGUGCCAUCGACGCGAGCGUCAUCCGCGAGGAGUGGAUCAUGGAGACCGCGUACUACCUGGCCGGCGAAGAUCGCGAAGGCUUCAACAUGUCCGUUAUACCGGACCUGACAGCAGCCUUUCCGGCAGGUGGCUCUCUGAGACAAUUCACGCACUACGUCCAAUGUCACCGGUCCGGGCGUUUCGCCCAGUACGACUAUGGACGGGAGGGGAACUUAAAACGGUACGGACAUUCGACGCCGCCGGCUUAUCCGCUGGAACUGGUGACGGUCCCGGUGGCGAUGUACUACGGAAGUAACGAUCAGUUUGUGGCGGUGGAGGACGUGGAUCUGCUGGCGAAAAAACUGCCCAAUGUGGUGCUGAAGUAUUUACAUCCGAAUCCCAAGUGGAACCAUAUUGACUUUCUGUACGGGAAGGAGGCUCCGGAGGUGUAUCGGAAACUGCUGGGGUUGAUUCAUUCUUAUGAAAGACGGUGA